UGGGAUACACCUAGACUGAUUGAACCGCCAACUGUCCUCCGCAACACCCAUUACACGCACCUACAGCAUCCACUCUUUCGAAAACCAACAUGUUCAAGCCCUCGCAACCGAUGAUGGCGCGCCUGCGCCUGACCACCAAGCAAGUCGGCGGUGGUUACUACAAGGGAAACCGGACCGGAGCGAUGGGUUUCUUCGCGAAGAACGGCACCUACGUGAUCGACUGGAAGAAAGUACGGACUUAUGCCGUUCCGGAGGGCCUGAAAGAGUUCAAGCUCACUCCCUUCGUUACGAAACUCAUGACGCCCACGCAGACCCGGUAUACGCAGGAUCUCGAGCGCAAUGGGCGCCAGAUGACCGUUCCGCGCGCCUUUGGUGGAAAGGAUUACUUGGAUAUGUGGGCUUCGGAUAACGGACAGGAAGUCCUUGAGCAAGAACGGUUAGAAAGCGGAGCGACUGAGAAGGGCGCGAAGCCUAGCCAAUAGUUGAGGCUGUGAAUUGGGGGAAAGAGAUCCGUCAGGGAUUAGUUUGGACGAGACGCUUUAUCACGAUGUGAGGGUGCAAGGCACGCGUGGACUGUUGUGGACUAUGGGCGCAUACGCCCUGGUUCUGAUAUCUUGAUAUGGUCUGCUAGCCUUUGUGCGCGUUCUCGAGGUCCUGUAUUAUAUGUACAGUAUGGUGUUUGAUGUAUUGAGGGGAUCUUAUUGAGUCUCAGAUGUGUCUGGGUCAGGGCUGGACUACAGCGCAUCGACAGGAGGUCCCGCUCUGUGGUCACCGUCCAUCUGAUGGAUUGGUGGAUAUUUUGGGUAUUUUGCAGGUUAGCGGCGCAUUAUUGGUCUUUGCAUUUCAGCAUACUUAUAUGAUCUUUUUCUGAAAUUCAACUCUAUAUUUGAGAGUAACAGGC